UUAGGUCGAGCCCAGCCAAAGCCCCCGGUGCUUUGUCGCGGGUUCGCUCGCUAGCUGUCUCGAUCACUCCCUCCCUUCUACCCUCCCUUCCUCCGGGCGGCCGCGGCAACGCUGGAGAAGCGGCAAAGAGGAGUGGCCCAGCGCUGGAAGAAUGCUGCUCUGCCGAGGGGGCCGAAUGCGACCCAGUCUCCCCACGGUUUAAGUGGCACAAGUGGAACCCAAGUAACCCAACUGCGAGUGUUGUGGAUCCUGCACCUGAACCGCUGGAGGCGCUGACAGAUUCGCCCACCGGAGCCUCCGGGCUUCGACAUGCUGGAGGAGCCCCGGUCUCGGCCUCCGCCCUUGGGCUUCGCGGGUCUCCUGUUCUUGGCUUUGUUCAGUCGGGCUCUAAGCAAUGAGAUUCUGGGCCUAAAACUUCCCGGUGAGCCGCCGCUGACGGCCAACACCGUGUGCUUGACCCUGUCCGGCCUGAGUAAGCGGCAGCUGGGCCUGUGCCUACGCAGCCCCGACGUGACCGCGUCCGCGCUGCAAGGGCUGCACAUCGCUGUUCACGAGUGUCAGCACCAGCUGCGCGACCAGCGCUGGAACUGCUCGGCACUGGAGGGCGGCGGCCGGCUGCCGCACCACAGCGCCAUCCUCAAGCGCGGUUUCCGUGAAAGUGCUUUCUCCUUCUCCAUGCUGGCUGCCGGGGUCAUGCAUGCUGUCGCUACAGCCUGCAGCUUGGGCAAGCUGGUGAGCUGUGGCUGCGGCUGGAAGGGCAGUGGUGAGCAGGACCGGCUCCGGGCCAAGCUGCUGCAGCUUCAGGCACUGUCUCGGGGCAAGAGUUUUCCACACUCACAGUCCAGCCCUAUCUCGGGCGCAGGGCCCAGCCCUGGCCCCCAGGACACGUGGGAAUGGGGCGGCUGUAACCACGACAUGGACUUUGGAGAGAAGUUCUCUCGGGAUUUCCUGGAUUCUAGAGAAGCUCCACGGGACAUCCAAGCGAGAAUGAGAAUCCACAACAACAGGGUGGGGCGCCAGGUGGUAACCGAAAACCUGAAGCGGAAGUGCAAGUGCCACGGCACCUCAGGCAGCUGUCAAUUCAAGACUUGUUGGAGGGCAGCUCCAGAGUUCCGGGCCAUCGGCGCAGCAUUGAGGGAGCGGUUGGGCAGAGCCAUCUUCAUCGAUACCCACAACCGCAAUUCUGGGGCCUUCCAGCCCCGCCUACGUCCCCGUCGCCUCUCAGGAGAGCUAGUCUACUUUGAGAAGUCUCCCGAUUUCUGUGAGCGAGAUCCUGCCGUGGGCUCACCAGGCACUAGAGGCCGGGCUUGCAACAAGACGAGCAGCCUGUUGGAUGGCUGUGGCAGCCUGUGCUGUGGGCGUGGGCACAAUGUGCUCCGGCAGACACGGGUGGAGCGCUGCCAUUGCCGUUUCCACUGGUGCUGCUACGUGCUGUGUGAUGAAUGCAAGGUCACAGAAUGGGUCAAUGUGUGUAAGUGAAGGUGAGCCUCACCUCGGGACUAAGGAAGAACACUGUGUGAUGGGUGCUCCUUUUCAGCCCUUUGCUCUGAUUUCUGUCCAGGGAUAAUCAUGGUCCCUGGAAGCUCAAAGUAUCUACCUGGAAACAGCUUUGGGGGGAAUAGGGUCAGGUGAAAUCUGCGAGGAGCAGCCUUUUGUAGGGGAAGUGGUCAUCAUAUUCUGUUCUUAAACACCCGAAUGGACUAAGAUGAAAUGUACUGUAUUGUUCCCCUCUUCUCAACCUCUGGGGUCUGUCUCUUGGGCCCAGAUUUAUACUCCUUUAGAUAGGGAGGCUAUCAUUUAGCCUCUCGCCUUCCUUGAAGGAUAACACUGGAUGUUGUGUGGAGUCGUUAGAUCUGUAUAUAGAAAGAGACCACCUCUUCCUAUUUGUGGUCCUCAAACUCCUCCACUACAACCCAGAAGAACCUCCUCUUGUGGGGCCAUGGGUGACAAUAACGAGAGGCUUCGGUUGAAAAAGGACAGACGACUGUCCUUAGAGGGCUGUCUUGUCAGGCUCAUAGGGAAUUGUUCUCCUUCCAUUCAGUUUGGAGGGUCCCUCCAAAGGGAAGGUUUAGCUAUGACCCAUGGAAGCUCUUUUUCCUUCUUCAGCAAGAAGGGUGGGGAUGGAUAAUUUAUUGUGCUGAGACAUAUUCUUGGUUCCUGUUUGAAAUGAAAAUAAAUGAAGUUACUGGACUGGUUGCUGGUGGGUGCAGAUGGUGAUGUCUAGCCACACUUGGGGCAGCAGCCUGUGGUUUUGUUGUGAUUUUUAUUUUUUCCUAUGUGAAGCCUACACUCCUGUACUCAGUGACUUUUUAUGUAUAUCCUGCUGAUUUCCAAAAAGGAUUUGAAAUGAUGCUCAGUGACCAGUUCAGACUUUUAGUCUGUAAACCAAGGUGGACUUUGGGGUGGCAAGAUUUAUAGAUCCAAAUGUACCCAGCCCCUGCUCAACUCCUGGUACCUGGUAUCUCCUUCAUCAUUACUUAGAACAAAAUUUGGCAAUGUUUUUUUUUUUUUCCCUGCAAGAGGGCUAGAGGGUAAACAUGCUAGGUUAUUUAUAUUGUGGUCUUUAGGCCAUCUACUCACCUCGACCAUAAUUGCUCAGUUCUGCUGUUAUAGACCCAAAAUAGUUAUGGUCAGGGGAAUGGACAAAAGCAGACACAGGCUACAUGUAAAUCGAUGGGUAUAGCUGUGUUCACUACAGUCACAAACUGGUGUGCCAGACUGCUCCUCUCUGUCAUUCGUUGACCCCUCUCUUAUAUAAGGUCGCAUCUGCUCUGGGACUUUCAAGUCUUAAAUACCACUUAACAAUGAACAUGAACGUAGAAGAGCAGGUACAAUUGUCUCUAAGUCUGAGCCAGAGAAUUUGGGGGUACAUGCAAGGCUAA